UUUACCUUUUGGUGUGAAGUUCAGGCUUACAAGUUGUUUUUGGGAUGCAUUUCUUCCCUGACUUUUGUUAGAGUUCGCAACACAUAACACAAAGAACUAGCCAGUGUACUUUUUUACAUUUGGGUUCGAUUAGCUUUGCCAGCAGUUACUGUCGAGGUUGUCUUUUAUGAAUGUGGUUAAAUGUUUUUGUGUUACAUCAAGGGUGGGCAACCAAAGGCCCUCAGGCUGUAUGCGGUAUCAUUGAAGUGCCACACGGGACUUGUAUAAACACAAAUGUUCUCUUUGUAGGUGGCUUCAGCAAGUUCCAAGCCGAGUUCCCCAAUCUGUGCGAGACCAACCUGGACGGGUCCUCUGACAGCAGCCCCCCUUCUACGCAAGUCUUGGGCCUGGGUGGCCUGCGCAUCAGCUCAGACUCGUCAGACAUCGAAUCGGACGUGGACCCGAGCAGCGCCACCGACUCGGACGGCAGCCCUUGGUGCAACCCGCAGCCGUCCUUCCCCGUGGAGAUCCUGCCCCACUUGUAUCUGGGUUGCGCCAAGGACUCCACCAACCUGGACGUGCUGGAGGAGUACGGCAUCAAGUACAUCCUCAACGUCACGCCCAACCUGCCCAACCUCUUUGAGAACGCUGGCGAGUUCAAGUACAAGCAGAUCCCCAUCUCGGAUCACUGGAGCCAGAACCUGUCGCAGUUCUUCCCCGAAGCCAUCAACUUUAUCGACGAAGCUCGGGGCCAACACUGUGGCGUGCUGGUGCACUGCCUGGCCGGCAUCAGCCGCUCGGUGACUGUGACGGUGGCCUACCUAAUGCAGAAGUUGCAGCUGUCCAUGAACGACGCCUACGACAUCGUCAAGACCAAGAAGUCCAACAUUUCGCCCAACUUCAACUUCAUGGGACAGCUGCUGGACUUUGAACGCACGCUGGGCCUCAAGAGCCCGUGCGACAACCGUCUCGCCACCACCGCCGCCGUCGUCGCGCCGCCCAGCGGCCAGCCCCUCUACUUCACCACGCCCACCAACCACAACGUCUUCCAGCUGGACCCCCUCGAGUCCUCGUGAGCGGGCGGCGACAGGUGAAAUUGUGAAAAUUUGACGACGAUCUCACGUCCUGCAAGGAGUUUUCUGCCCAACGCGGCCGGAUGCGGGCGGCGGUCGCUAUGAAGCCGGGAGGCGGUCCCUCCGAUGACGUGCGUUCAAACCGGGCCGCCAUUUUGAGUCAUGGACUCAAUCUGACUUUUGCGAUCGUCUUCUAUGAAGACACAAACUGGACACUCUUGUGUAUAUAGUUGUUGAUUAUGCCAAAAAAAAAAAAAACAAUCAAAAAGCAGGAUUUUCCAUCAAGGUGUAAUCUAUUGCAGUGUCUUCCUAACCACAUAUGAGAAAAAUGUCCCGAAAAUGCAUCUCCUGAAAUAAUAUCCAAUUUUCCUCACUUAUUUACAGUGUGGCUCACAGGAGUAAAAGAAACAUACGCAUACCAAGAGCUUGCGUGCGAGGACCAAUGGAGUAGAAUAACACGUUCGUCAUCAGAAUAAUUUCCGACAGUGUUUGGAAAUCACUGCUGUGCAGGCCUUGUUUUUGCACCUCCACUCCCAGCAAAUCAGUCCAGCUGAGGUUGCCUUAUUCAUUUCGCGUCCUCAUGUGACCUUCUAUGGGGACUGAUGUUGGCGUGUGCGUUUGCGUGUGCAUGUGGUGAGGGUCCCUGGAGGCGGCGUCUUUUUGGGGAGGGGGAGAAAAUGUGAUGAUGAGAUUGUGGAUGUCUCCCUCCUUCCUCCUAUGAAUGUAAAGAUAAGUUAUUAAUAAAUGGAUAUUUUGUCUACGAAA